AUGCACCUUGAAGAAUCGAACAGGGAUGAGGGUUGGGGUGGGAAUAAUCGGUCGAUAGCAGGUUCCAAAGCAUUUGCGUGGAAGCGAAUGAGAUAUACGGACGAAAUAAAGAUAUAUUGCCACGACUUGAAUCAACGUAUUCUUCGGUUUAAAGGAGAUAUGGGAUCAGCUCUGGGUGGUGGAAAGAGUAUGUUCAUGCCCCAAGUAGUCGCCUCAAAGGAGGAAGAUAUCAGGAAGAAGGAUUCACCGUUCACCAACAUCAGCGUGACCCGCUCGGAGAUUACUUCAGAAUCUCUUGGAGCGAUAACACGCAAGGCCGUUUGCAAGUUGGAGAAGACUGAUGGAUUGUGGCCGACUAUGCGGUUUGACGGCGAAAGAUUGUUCCUCCAGCACCAGCAAUUGAUACCAUCGGAAUGUAAAGAACCUAAAGUAGAGAUAUACGAUUUUCGAUGA